AUGAGCGAAAUCGUCAGCCUUGACCUCAUGACCGUGAUAAGUUUCACAUGGCCCAAAAAAGUGCAGCUAAAGCUAGAAGUCCUCGAACCAGAGGAUUAUCUUCAGUUCAGGGCUCUGAAUUUAAACAAAUUAAGAGCCGUUAGUCGUCUCAUAGUAGCAAGUAAAGAUUUUAUGAAAAUAUACUUAAAAGAUGCUACUUUGACUAUUAAAUCCAGUGAGAGCAGGACCAAAGAAAUCCGAGAAGGGGCCGAUAGCGGCGGGGACGGCUUUGGUGUGAAGAUGACAAGAGGAGCCGAGGACGUGCUCGGACUCCCGACCCCCACUCGAUAUUCGGACCACGGGCUCCCCAACACCAGCGGGCACCCCUCUGACCUGGCCGAAUAUCCUCUGACCCACUACCGUCGCCGCUUACAACACUUCCGCAUCUUUCUUAGCUACAAUGAACUGGAAAGUGAAAUUCGGUGA